UCUCUCUCUCUCUCUCUCUGAUUCCAACUAACAAAGGACGAGAAGACUCGCAGGGAGACGUCUCGUUCUCCUCUCCCUCCCUCUCCCUCUUCCUCUGUGGGUGACUCCAUUGAUGACUUGCAGGAGCCAAAGCUCCGACCUUUGCGUUUCGUCCAAGCCCUUCACGUAGUGUGCAAAGGACAUCGGAGAAGAAUCGUCAUUCAGGUGAUGCCUCAAGAAGUACAGGACUCCUGCAGGAAUUUCUGAAAUCUGGUCUAAGGGAGGCACUUCCUUAAGCUUUCGACAAGGUUAAGAUACGCCCGCGCUCUUUAGAAGGCAAAAUGAAAGAGCCUCCAAAGGCAACUAUUAAAUCAACCAAGAAGGAAUCAAGAAAAGCUUCUAAUUCUCCCAUCAAUCAGCCUUCUGCCAAGAAGCAAAAUAGGAAGGGGGAAACCCCCAUCAGAUGCUCAUCGACUCCUGAGUUGCCUUCGGAUUUUGGGUGCUCAAAAUCAUGGAUCUGCAAAAACUCUGCCUGCAGAGCUGUUCUCUCCAUUGGUGAUGCAUUCUGUAAGAGGUGCUCCUGUUGCAUUUGUCACUUGUUCGAUGACAACAAGGACCCUAGUCUGUGGUUGGUGUGCUCAUCGGAAUCUGGUAAAGAGGACUCGUGUGGACUGUCCUGUCACAUUGAAUGUGCCCUUCAGUCUGAAAAGGUCGGGGUGGUUGAUCUCGGGCAACUGAUGCGCCUUGAUGGUAGUUAUUGUUGCGCAUCUUGUGGGAAAGUUUCUGGAAUAAUUGGGAAUGUGAAGAAGCAACUUCUUAUUGCAAAGGAUGCCCGUCGUGUUGAUGUCCUCUGUUAUAGAAUAUACUUGAGCUUUAGGCUUUUGGAUGGGACUUCACGGUUCAAAGAACUCCACGAGAUAAUAAAGGAGGCGAAGGCAAAACUAGAAACUGAAGUGGGCCCAGUGGAUGGCAUGUCUGCAAAGAUGGCUCGAGGAAUUGUAAGCAGACUGUCCAUUGCAGGUGAAGUGCAGGAACUCUGCUAUAUUGCAAUCGAGAAAGCAGAUGAAUGGUUGAGUUCUGUUUGCAGUGAAAGUUCAAAUCAGAGAGAGGAUUCACUUCCUGCUGCUUGCAAGUUCCUGUUUGAGGAAGUAACUUCAUCCUCAGUUACGAUCAUUCUACUUGAAUUAUCUACUGAAUUGACAAAUGAUAUCAAGGGCUAUAAGCUCUGGUACAACAGAAGUGGAGAAGAAACCCGAGGUGAAGAGCCGGCUUGCGUCAUCCCCAGAGACCAGAGAAGAAUCCGGAUAUCCAACCUGCUGCCCUGCACAGAGUACACAUUUCGGGUCAUAUCUUACACAGAAAAAGCUGAUUUGGGCCAUUCCGAAGCCAAGUGCUUCACAAAGAGCGUGGAGAUCGUUAAAAGGAACCAGAAAUCGCCUCUUCCUAGGUCUUCAAGCCCUAAGGGUGGCCCAAAGUCCUCGGCCGGUUCCUCUGGGUUCAGAGUUCGAGAUCUAGGGAAGGUUCUUAGUCUAGCUUGGGCCCAGGAGCAGGGCCACCUUGAAGCAGAAUGCUAUGAGGUGACCAAAGUUGGGACAAAAAACAAAUCACAAGAUCAGUUGCCCUUGGUAUUACCCGACUUGAAUGAAGAAUUUACUCCUCCAUUGGAAUAUUCCCGAGACGAAGACAACGGGUGUACACUAGAACGUGCGAUUGGGGCAGAAGAUGAUACAGCUUCCCAUGAAGCUGAGAAGAAUAACUUAGCGGGGUCGUGUGACAGCACUCUAGUAAAUGGGUCCCCCUUUAAUAAUUCCGAUUCUUCAGGGUCUUUGGAUGAGAACUUUGAAUAUGGUGUAAAGAUUAUCAGGUGGCUGGAGUGCGAAGGACAUAUAAAUCAGGAGUUUAGACUUAAAUUUCUGACGUGGUUCAGCCUCCGAUCAAAUGAACAGGAGCGCCGGGUCGUUAACACAUUCAUUCAAACGAUGAUUGAUGAUCCAAUUAGCCUAGCAGGGCAGCUUGUUGACUCAUUCUCAGACAUUGUGUCCAGCAAAGGCAGCCGCAAUGGUAUCUGCUAGAAGAUGCGGUAUUAAAUUUCUGGCUAGGAAGGGCUGAUUUAUAGGUGACCUUGCCUCGAUUACCUCUAAUGUAGCUAUUCAUUGGUACCAAGGGUUCCAUUCAGGUAAGAUGCUCGGGCGACUGAUUGUGGAGACGAGUCUGAUUAUUUGUCUGGAAGAUAGAAAUGCUUCUGAUUUGUGGUAGUUGACAGUUGCCAUUUAAACAAGCAAAUUUCAUUUGAAGCUGUAGGAAAUUGAGAACUGCAUUGUCUACAACUCAUUUGUUGUCCAACGUUUUCAAUCUUCAGCUUUUCUUAUCUUUUCGUUCGAAUUUUAAAUUUAUCCUUCCCCAUGGUGAUAUAUUGUCAUGGAAGAAAUAAGCGCUGGAUAUCUUCAUGUAUCAACCGAUCCAUUAACUGGAUGUUUUGUGGAUCGUACUCAGAUUUAUCACCAUUGGAUUGGCUCUUUCUUGUGCA